UGCGACAUUAUUGAUUCUUUGUACGUUUCAGUGACUCGACAAAAUUUUGUACUGUAUAAUUCUACGUAUUAUAUACGUUUUAGUUGCUUUUAAAACGACUCAAUCGAUAUAAGAUAAGAAGAUGGCUAAAUCUGUUGUAUUUGUGAUCGGGGCUAGUGGAAAUGUUGGCAAAGCGACCGUGAGUUCACUGUCGGCUAAUUAUAGUGAUAAACUCGACAUCAAAGCUGGGGUUAGAAAUCCGGAGAAAGCUGAAGAAUUGAAAUCAUUGCCGAGUGUUUCUGUAGUUCAAGCAGAAAUGGGUCAGAUCGAAAAACUUAAGACCACUUUGAAAGGUGUAGAUGCUCUAUAUAUCGUUUGUCCUGGAACUGAAAAUCGUGCCCAGUUGUCUAUCGACACGGCAAAAGCAGCCAAAGAAGCUGGUGUAAAACAUCUGCUUGUAUUGAGCGUCGCCACAGCCGACCUUACUUAUACCACAUUUGGAAAGCAGUUUAAGAAGAUAGAAACAGAAAUUGCCAAACUUGGUGUUCCUUAUACUUAUCUAAGAUUACCAUUAUUCGUGGAUAAUUACUUUGCUUACCAAGGCACAAUAAAAAGUGAUUCGGCAUGCUAUGGUCCUGUUGAUUCAAGCAAACCAUACACUCCAGUGGUAGUUGGUGACGCAGGGAUAGCUGCAGCAACGAUUUUGUCCUCUCCACAGCAGCAUGAAGGUAAAACGUAUAAUGUCGUAAGCGAUCGGCAUACGUUUGGUGAUAUGGCUAAAGCCUUCUCCGACAACUUGGGAAAAGAAAUAAAAUAUGUUCGUGUACCCUAUGCAGAUGCUAAGGCAGCAUUUAUGCAGAUGGGAUUCCCUGAUUGGCAAGCUGAAGGUGUAAUGGAGCUUUAUCGACUAAUUGAUUCGGGGAGUCCUCAGGUAAACCAAGCAAGCUUAAAUGAUUAUACGACCAUUACUGGCAAGCAGCCAACAAGUUUGAAGGCAUGGGUAUCUCAAGUUGCUGGAGCUUUCAAGUAAUAACUGAGAAAAUGACUACUUGCUUCGUGUUAUCUAGCCAAAACGUGCACGAUUAUUCUCAAAAUGCUUAGUUUAUGUAGAUAUAUGCAUUUAUAUGAAUUUUAACUAUUAAAGCUCGACAAUUCAGCAAAAACACUGCACAACAAAACUUUAUAAGUUAAAUAGUACUCGUUAAUAUUUUUUGAUGAAUAACUGACGCUCUUUAGCAAAAGAGUGUUUUUUACACUUGCAAUGUAUGUAGUCGCACUUGGCGUGAUAGCAAGAGAUUGUCAGCGGAAAUAUGUAUGCCAUAAAAAAGGUUUGUUUUUUA